UGACCAAUUUUGAUAUGGUUCAGUAAAUUUAAUAGAUCGUACGAAUCGUAAAAACGCUCGUAAAAAAUUUCAGUUACGUUUUCGAUUUCGCCAUGAUAUUAAAAUCGAAAAUGGCGGUUCAGUGGAGAAUUAUUAAAAAGAUUUACAAUGAUAAUCUUUAUUUAACUGUUUUUAUACAUAUUAUAGUGCUAAUUGACUUUUCUUCUACUUUUGAAAGAGAAAAUUUUGUGUUCUGGCCAAACGGGACUAUACCAUUUUACGUGAAUCCCACACAUUUCGAUAAAGAGCAGUCGCUAACCAUCCUGUCGACUCUCUCUCUCUUCACGUUCAAAACCUGCCUUCAGUUCAAUCCAGUGAUGGUUGAACCUCAGGCUAACCAGCAUGUGAUGGUGUUGGAGAACCCUCGUGGAGUCAGACAGUGUUACCUGGACAUGGAGGGACAUCCCAGGGAGGGGCCCCAUAGGAUAACUGUGGGCUACUCGUGCCUGCGCAGCCCACAGCUGGACGCGCUCGUCAUGAAGGCGUUGGGAUUCCCCUUCGAGCACAACCGCGCGAUACGAGACCUCUACAUCGAUGUGCAGUUCGAAAAUAUUGAACAGGGUUUCAUCCCAUUCUUCGCGAAGGAGAAGAUCCUGUGUCAGGAAUUGAGGAGCCUACCCUACGACGUGAAUAGCGUGAUGCAUUUUGGAGAACGGGAUUAUAGUAAGAAUGGACAUCGGAGCUUUAUAUUCAAGAACCAAAAAACUCAGCAGUCUAGAAUAGGAUUAUCAAAAACAGACCUCAGAAAAAUAGAAAUAAUUUACGGCCCCGAAUGUCAAAAAAGAGACCGCCAAGCCAAAAUAGAUAUUUGCAAAAAGUACCCAAGUGUUAGGAGAAAACGUGAAAUCGAAAUCGAUUUGGAUAAAGUUCAAAAUUUGAGAAUUAAUCGGGAUAUUACUCCACCACCUGAAAAAAACCUCACAGAUGAAAUCACAGAUAACGUAAAAAAAAUUAAUAUUGAUGAAGAAAUACAAGAUUUAAUUGAACAAGUGCACAAAAUUACCGCUGCUGCAUUAGAAAAUGAAAGAGUUAACAUUUGCAACAAUACAAAUGCUACUACCAGAAAAUCAGAUAUUAAAAUAUCAGAAACUCAACAUAUAUCAAAUGAUAAAAAUGUUGUAUCCAAUGAUAUAUCAAAGAUUAUAGAAGUAGUAAUUAACCACGUUAAAGCAGUAGUAAAUAAUGCAAAAACGAAUUUAACUGUAUUCUGUGACACAACAAAUAAUUUGGAACUAUUCCAAAGGACCUAUUGUGGAUGGGGCUCAAAUGAUAGAUGCCCUGUAAGUUACAAGUCAACUAAAUCAGGUCUCGUAAUGCAUUCUACUAAGCAUAGACCUUUUAUAAGACAAUCUACUAAACAUGAAGGUUAUGGUAACAAAGUAAAGUACGUUAAUUGGUUAAGGUCUGAGAAUGAUACUCAGGAAACCAUUAAUGCUACUAGAAGAAAGAGAGAUGUCGAAAAACUAAAGUAUAAACAUGAUAUGAAUAAUAUUAAGUUCAAAAUACAAAAAUUACAAUAUUUGAGAGUUAAACGUGACAUUACUCCACCGCCUGAAAAAAACCUUACAGAUGAAAUCACAGAUAACAUAAGAGAACUUAAUAUUGAUGAAGAAGUACAAGAGUUAAUUGAACAAGUACACAAAAUUACUGCUACAGCAUUAGAAAAUGCAAGAGUUAGUAUUUGUAAUAAUACAAAUUCUACUACCAGAAAAUCAAAUAUUAAUAUAUCAGAAACACAACAUAUAUCAAAUGAUAAAAAUGUUGUAUCCAAUGAUAUAUCAAAGAUUAUAGAAGUAGUAAUUAACCACGUUAAAGCAGUAGUAAAUAAUGCAAAAACGAAUUUAACUGUAUUCUGUGACACAACAAAUAAUUUGGAACUAUUCCAAAGGACCUAUUGUGGAUGGGGCUCAAACGAUAGAUGCCCUGUAAGUUACAAGUCAACUAAAUCAGGCCUCGUAAUGCAUUCUACUAAGCAUAGACCUUUUAUAAGACAAUCUACUAAACAUGAAGGUUAUGGUAACAAAGUUAAGUACGUUAAUUGGUUAAGGUCUGAAAAUGAUACUCAGGAAACCAUUAAUGCUACUAGAAGAAAGAGAGAUGUCGAAAAACUAAAGUAUAGAGAUGAUAUAACUAAUAUUAAGUUUAAAAUCCAUGAUAGUUUUAGUAAUAUUGUUGAUUAUUCAAGUAGAAGAAAAAGAGAUAUUAAAAUAUCAAACAAAACAGAUUUAAAUGAUGCUCCGAUUGAAACGAUUGAUAGUUUUAUAUCUAUCGGCAAUAAUGCUGAGGAAUUCAUUACAGCAAUGGAUAAGGAAAGAAAUCGAAAGGCUGAGACACCAAAUCUCACAGAUCUAACCGUUAAGAAUAGGAAAACUAUAAACGCUGCUAAAAAUAGAAAGAAAAGAGAAGAUGAUACAAUUAUUUUAUCAGAAAACAUUAAUAAUGGUACAGAAAAAACGAAUGGAAGUCUAGUAACUAACACAGAUAAAGCAGUUAAAGAAAGUUUAGUUAAAACAGAUGAAACAGUUAAACAUGUAAAUGUAAAUAGUAGUAAGGAUGCAUUGCGAAUGGUUACUAGAAUUUUUACUGAUAAGAAAAUUGACUUUGCUCCUGUGAGGAGAAGUAAUCGGGAUGAUCGAGGAUUUAGUUCUAGAAAUAGAGAAAGCGAUAGCGUAGAGCAGCACGGUGACUCUUCGUCAUCAGAAAGUGACAAAAGGAGUAAAACCGAAGGAAGAGAAAGGGAUGAGAAAAGAGAGAGGGAAAGAGAAAGACCGAGAGAAAGGGAUAGACAUCGGGUAGUAACAGAAAGCAGACCACAAAACAGAAGACCCAAAGGUAACAGAGGAAGGCAGAGACCUCUCCUACCGGAAACAGUGCCACUGACAAAGGGGAAUAAAGAGUUUUACGCUGAACGGAUAUGGCCUGAUGGGAUCGUCAGAUAUGUUAUCGCUCAGGAUUCUACUUAUAAUUUACAAUCCGUACGUGCUCGCCUCGCGGAGGUCAACGAUAUACUGAGGAAAAAGACCUGUGUCCGCAUCAAGGAAGUCUCGGAGAAAGAGGGACAGAAAUAUAACGACUACCUUGUCAUAGACACUAGCGCGGAUUACGUCACGGGACGAGUUGGAGGAAGACAGAACUUCGGGUCAAUAGAACUGUUCGAGGGUCGGCAGCAUCGGCAGCACGCCGCCAUGAUGGUGAUGGCGAUGCUCGGCUUCUACUUCGAGCCCUCCCGCCACGACCGCGACCAGUUCGUGCGUGUGCACAACCGGCAUAUACGACCAGACAAACUCCACCACUUCGAGAAGAUUCGACCUGAAGCCACCCUCAGCCUGGCUUAUGACUACGCGAGCGCCACUCACCCGGCCUGGCAGUUCUGGAGGAGAGUGGGGCGCACUGGUAUAUCCUCCGUAGCCACUUAUAAAGAUCAGGACCCAGACGGCUCCAUCAUGAAAUCCCUCGGACAAAAUGAAAAACUUCUGUCUGACGUGGACAUUAUAAAAAUCAACAGUGUCUAUGGUAUACACUGCUUCCUGGAUCAACGGCAAAAGAAAAUACGGGAGAGAAAAAAACAGUGAAAGCCUGAUCGCUUAAAAAUACCUGUACAAUUUAGAUUAAAAGUUCCUUGAUGCAAGUUUUGGCUAAGGCAAUUAAUCUUAUAAGUUAAUAAAUAAACU